UCCGUGCGGAGGCCUGAGAGGCCGCUUCAACGGUGGUUAUUACACGCAUCGAGCAAUGGCUUCAUAUGUCCUAAGCUACAAGUCCUGGCAGAUCCGAGUCUGAGGAUUGAGAAGUGAGAAGUCCGAGGUUGGCUUCAAUUUGCGAAUUUGUCUGCUCCAAAUGAGUCACCGGGGGCGACGAGGACCACGCAACUCAGAACGAUCUUCGAGGCAUACGCAAGUAUUUACGUACCCAAAGCCAGGCCUUUUAAGUUCACAUGCAGUGUAGCUGUUUACAAUAGCCUGGAGAUAGUUUAUUAGCGAUUCGCCCAGCCUUGACAGUUCACACUCUUGGUUCCUCAUCAAUCUCAUCUCACCCACACAAUGCCACUCCGAAUCCGCCCCGCCACCGAAGCCGACAGUUUCCGCAUCGGCUGCAUCGGCCGCGAUGCCUUCCGCGACACCGUCUCCCGGGCACUCUUCCCUCCCGAGUUAUACUCCAAAUCCCCAACCGGCGAUCCCGGAUUGGACGAGGCACUCUGGCGCGCCGCAAGAAAUACUCGAAGACUCAAAGAAGGCAAACUGACCUACGUCGCUAUCGAUGACCCGCAAGACGGCACGACAGCAGAACCAGAAGUAGUAGGAUACUGCCAGUGGGAAUUGCCCUGUUCCGAAGAGCAGUCCAAUGCUGGGGCUCCGGAGGUGGACCGGGAUCCGACGCCUCCGACGCUGGAUCGGGAACGGGCGAGGGCGAUUAUGGAAAUGGGGGAGAGGAAGAUUAAGGAGGCGCUUGGGGAGGAGGGGCAUAGGGAUUUAUGGUAUCUCAUGAUCCUCGGCGUCGACCCAGCGCAUCAGCGCCGGGGCAUCGGCCGAAUGCUGGUGCAGCACGGUCUGAACCUUGCCCGAGAGCAGGGAAAGGCUGCGUUUCUCAUCGCGACGCCUGAGGGGAAAGGAUUGUAUCAGUCGCUCGGGUUUGAGCAGGUCGGGGACGCGUAUGAUGUUUAUGGGACAGUGCAUUGCUCGAUGCUGUGGCGUGAACCACAGGCCGGUUCUGCUUGAUUCAAGGAUCCGGUCUAGUAACUCUAGUUAUAAGGUGCGAUUGCCAUCAAGUUCAAGGCAUUCUCAGAUCUUAUAAUAGAUACUAUGGAUGUAAAGGCAGAAUAUCUAUAGGGAUAAGUAGUCAAAUAAAUGUUCAUAGACCUUUG